AUGAGUCACCUAGAUACAUUUCUUUGUAACAAAGUCGUAUAAGAAAGAAGUCAUAAAUUGUGGUUUGCAUUUCACAAAUAUAUUUCUGUUAUAUAAGAAGUGAUGUUAAAAGUAUUGUUGUGGCUGUUGAAUGUGAUAUUUGGAUUUUUUGUUGGGGGGCUGUAUGCUGGUUUCUGCACACAAACAUAUACAUGUACAGGGACAUGUUACAAAAGCCAAGUCUACUACAGAAGCUGUGGGUUUUUUGGGUGGUCAAGAUGCGCUAGUUACAGACCAAGCUCUUAUUCCUGCAACCAGACGUGUUAUAGGCAAUCGUGUUGUACUGGGUAUACAGGAAGUAGUUGUAAUACACCUCUCUGUAACGGUAUGACGUACUGUCCGAACGGCGGCACCUGUCAAUCUCCAGAUGAAUGUUCAUGUCCAACUGGAUUUUCUGCUCCCCUUUGUAAUGACACAGACGAGUGUUCAAAAGCUUCACACGGGUGUCAACAUGACUGCAGAAACACAGCUGGAUCUUACCAUUGUACAUGUCGGGCUGGAUAUGGACUGAGCAAUGACCUCAUGACAUGCCUUGUGGACUGUGGUCAUCCUGGCGAUAUCGAUAACGGCACAGUGUCCGUUUCGUCAACAUUAUCCGGCGCUAUGGUUACUUAUACAUGUAACACUGACUACAAUAUGACGAGUGGAGACAGAGUACGACAGUGCCAGAACGACUUCACGUGGAGCGGCACUAAACCAGCUUGCAUCUUUUCCAACCACUGUAAAAGUUCCCCAUGUAAAAAUGGAGCAACAUGUGUUAAUGCUAUUGGUGGCUUCCUGUGUACCUGUAGUCAAUGGUGGAGCGGACAGAUUUGCGAAACUGAUAUUCAGCCACCAUUGCUGACAGGAUGCAGCGAUGAUGUCUAUUUAAAUGCUACAGACCACACUGUACAAUACAGUUGGAUAAAGCCAACAUUUACAGACCCUAGGGGCUCUGACUUAGAAAUUGUCUCUAACUACCCAAGUCCAGAAUUUACCUUUCCUUGGGGAGAUUACACAAUACAAUAUGUAGCAACAAAGACGUCUAAUGGAUUACAAACUGAAUGCUCAUUCCAGAUCAAAGUGAGGCCAACACCAUGUGAGGAGCUCAAUGUCCCUGUUAAUGGAGCACGGUUAUGUAACGGCUGGAGGACGGAUUAUGGCAGGUUCUGUUUAAUUAUGUGUCAGCAAAACUACACAAUUGGGCCUACUCAUAAUUAUUACACAUGGCACGUGUGUGGCGCGUCUGGCAAUUGGAUCGCCGCAAGUCCAGUUCCUGAUUGUGAAGUUCCAGUGGUGUCUGAGUAUGAAGGAGAAUAUUAUCACCCGGAAUAUGCUAGCUAUGUCUUUUCGUCUUCGUGUGAAGAUGACGUCACGAGGAACACACUGCAGACACUGUACAUUGAAUAUCUGAAAGGAACAGACGGAUUUUCUUCCUUCUGCUCAACCUUUGAAAGUGAAUGUAUGAAAGAAAAUGUUGAUGUCAAGUGUAAUACAUAAUUUUUCCCAUAUAUUUAGGGAGCUUAACCUGUAAGCAUGUGGCACCAAAGUGUUUAGUCAUGUGAAACAAAAUACAUUUAGAAGAAUCAAGAAUUAACAUGAUCCCAGCUUAUGAUUCAUACAUCUAUUCAACUAUGUAUAUAAAAUUAUAAUUGUACAUCAGUGCUUCCUAGCAAAAGACUUUGCCUUCGUCACUAAUUAGAAUGAUUGUAUAAACCAUGUUUGCACUCUAUCGCCUUUAUUUCUUCACCAGUCUUAAGCGUACUGUGACAGAAUAUGUAUGAUUUAAAGAUCGCGGCUAAGUUCGAUUAUGGGUAAAACUGGAUCAGUCUGUAAAUGCCGUAUUUUAGCAAGUACACACUAUUACGUUCAUUUGCUAGAAUGUGUUCGUUCAUGUUCAAUUUUGUAAAUUAUCGGAGUUGUAGGUAUAGAUUUAUUUGCCCUUGACAUGUCAUUUUCGCUUUGUUUACACUCUAACACUAGUUCGUUUUCAAUACUAAUAGUAUUUUAACAUAAUACCCGAAAGAUCUCGAGCAAGUUUGAUUAUGUUCCCUUGACUUAUCAAAAAAUGUGUAUUUCACCAUAUGUGCGCUAAUCCUUUCGACUACUACAAGGCAGGCUGCGAAUGACAAGUUUAAAUCUACACAUCAAAACAACAUUCAUUGAUCAUAUACUUACCAGCUUUCGGCGCAGCUAUAUUAAGCUCGCUUUUACCGGAAGUCGACAAGAGCUCUCGACAGCUGGUAAAGACGUUGUUUGAAUGAACUAUUAGACGUGAAAACCUAACUUUGUAAGGCAUCUUUUGAUUGGAUGCUAUCGCAUAAAAUGAUUCGUGAGAUACUGUUCUGUUUUCAGCCUUUCGUGAAAAUUGCUAUUUUUAUAUUACAUAAACAGUUCAGCUGAACAUCAAAACAAUUGUUUUUGACUCAAAGCUAAUAUCAUCGAUGUGUAUAGCAAUUACGCCUUUUCUAUCGAUGAAACACUUGUUACUUUUUCUGGUAGCAUUGUACACCAUCAUUAAUUUAAUUUGCCUGACUGCACAUGGAAUAACUGUAUUCGUUGGAAUAUUACUUUCUUUUAUUUAGUUUAUACUAAUUUAUUUUAGGUCGAUUGUGAAGCAAGUUCUUCAACUUAUAUUAAUCACUCAUUCCUGAUGGAAUUCAUCGCCACGAGGGUAUGAGAGAAGAGGCCAGUUUCCCUUUUAAUGCUGAGCGCCAAACAUGGAAGCUACGGUUCCAUUUUUCACGUCUUUGGUAUGACGUGGCCGGGGAUCGAACCCACGACCUCCCGCACUCGAAGCGGACGCUCUACCACUCGGCUAUCGAGGUAGUUGAAAAGAUUACUGAAAAUAAUAAAUAUAUAAUGGAUCCUAAUGAAUAAGAAUGUUUACUUUUUGAUGGGUAAAGAAAGGCAUUAGGUUGAAACAUCAUAUUAUUCGUUUGAGAGUUUUGUUUCUUUUGUCAUUCAAGCUGAAAUUGCUAGUGUCUAAAAACAAAGAACGAAUAGUCGAAAUCCAUCCCUGCGGCUAACACAGAAGUCACUGUGACGCUAUUAACUGUGCAAUGGCAGCCCUAACCCCUCCAAAACAUGAUCAUGCAUAUAACUUAUGUCUGAGUAACAGGUUUGUUGUAACCGUUCUAUGCACAGCUCGUUUUAGUGUGGGGUUAUAGCAUGUUUAGCUUCACAAAUAUUUCAGCGCUAGAUGCCGUCGCCACAAGAGUCUAUGUUUGAAUCUAACAUAGUCUCUACGAUCGGUUCAUAACGCACAGUUGGUGCUGAUUUAUGAACAUAACACUGACGAGAGCUUAUAAUGUAAUGAACUGUAAACAGUGGUGUUAUCUCAUUCAUGAAAAGUACCCUAUAUGGGGCAUAAGAUGGAGUAUAGUUGGAUUUUGAGGUCAGCAAUGUUUUUGUACCUUUAAUAAUGGAACGGUCCGUUAUUUAGGUAAUGUUAUUCAGUUAUUCAGUACGAUAGUGGUUCUUACCUUCAAAAGGCAAAGUAAACCAUGCUGGUUUCCCUAAUCAGCAGACGAGUCUAUAAAUUGAACUCUCAAAUGUCAAAAUCAAACUAUAACAGGGAUACUUAUUUGUUUUUGUAUUUUGCUGUCAAACUUGGUGGAUUCAUUUGAGUUUUAUAUACAAUUACAUAAUAACCUAUUUCAUUUGUCUGAAAAUUAUUUAGUCUGGAUUUAGCACCGUUUUUCAGAAGUAUUUCAGAAAUGUAAAGCACAUGUAUCAUAGUAGUAUAAUGUUUUAUUUUAUCAAUUUGAUAUAGAAAACUAAUUGGCUAUUUACAAUUGAUCAGCGUCUUUCCAUUUUGUUUCAUUAAUACAUUUUAACAUUUUAGGGUUUUAUCCUUUUCGUGUAGAAAAAUAUUCAAAUGAUAUUUUUAUUCCCGAUUUUUUUUCAGACGCUUAAAUUCAGUUAUUCAAAGAACUAUAAGAAUGUCUCAUUUUAUUCAGAGGAUUAAAGUUUUUAUAGUGAAAAGCAAACUGGUUUGGAUGCCUUCUUUAUUUCUUAACUGUUUCAAGAAAGUAAAUCCUUUUUUGUCUGCAACCGCUCGGUCGCGGAAAAUAAUGAGUAAUAAAAUCUGUAAAAAGGUCAAAACCUGUAAAUUACAGGUUUUAACAACGAGUCAUAUUAAGUAUUGGCGAUUUCUGACCAAUGUCGAACUCUUUCUCUUCAGUGCACGUUGUCCUUCAUUCUUGUCCUAAAACGUCUGUCCGAAAACGUUUAUCCGAAAGCGUAUAUAGAGCUAGUGCCAAAUUCGAACGUAUAUGUGGCACAAAAACACAGUUAGUUGCCCUUGUUUUACCAUAUAAAGGAAGUGGUUACGCUGAAAAUAGUUCCACUGUUUGAUGGUGAAUAUUGUUGAAACCUGCACUUAAUGUCAUAACUGAAUAGAGGAGAUAUGAAAUAGCAGGUACAUACGGAAUCCUGAUUCCGCCAUCGACUUUUCGACUAGACAGAUACGCGAAAACUUGAAAUUAAGCAUCUAAUUUCACCUUUUCGCGUUAAAAAUUUACCGCGAAAAGUCGAAAACUUGAAGUUUUUAACACGGCAAUUGUCGUGCAAACGUCAACUUCUCGAUCUAGAAUCAAGCGCGAAAAGUAGAAAUUUAAAAGCCUUAACUUCAACUUCUCGCGCAAAGAUGUCCCACGAAAAGUAGAAAUCUUGAAGUUUUUGACCCGAAAAUUGUCGUGCAAACAGCAACUAGUCGACCCAUAAUCUAGCGCGAAAUGUUGAAAUUAAGUGGCCUAUCUUCUACUUUUCGUGCCAGUUCUUUGGCCGAUAAUUUCGCGAUAUUAUCGCGUAAAUUUCGACUUUUCGUUCUGGGACUAACUAACUAACCCUAAUCCUAACCCUACAACGAAAAGUCGAAAUUUAAGCGAUAAUAUCGCGAAAUUAUCGACCAAAGAACUGGCACGAAAAGUAGAAGUUAAGACUUAAAUUUAUACUUUUCGCCCUACGAAUUCAGUCGAUAAGUUGACAUUUGCACAACAAUUGUCGCGUUACAAACUUCGACUUUUCAACUUUUCGAGGAAAUAUCUUAGCACGAGAAGUUGAAAUUAGCUCUCUUAAUUUCUACUUUUCGCGCUUGAUUCUAGGUCGAAAAGUUGACGUUUGUACGACAAUUGUCGGGUCAAAAACUACAAGAUUUCGACUUUUCGCUUUCCUUCUCCCAGUCAGAAAAAAAAAGUGAUUGUGGGAAUUACUUUAACUUCAGCAGUUAAAUUGAAAUACGUAAAAUGAUAUAUUAAAAAACAGUUUAUGAAAGUUCUGCUAAUUCGCCAAUUUAAAUGCAUUUUUGUUAGCCGAUUAUUUGUUGGGAGUUUUUCUUUGUUUCAGUUUACAGAAAAACAAAGAACGCACCAGUGUGGUCUCUCUAACAUUAAUAGUUCACAUUUUGAUGAAGUGAUAUUUAACAAUUAUGUAUCAGAAAAUGGUAUCGUCUGUUUAUCUUUUUAACUGAAUAAAAAGUCUGCAAAUUUA